AUGAUAAUAUGUCUGUACAUUUUUUUGUCAUUUUCUCUAACAGUUAUAAAUUGUAAAUCUAAAAAGACAGAAUCAACACAUGUUUUACUAAAAAACCAAACUUCAAAAAUUGAGAAUAACAUAAAAGGUGAUUAUAAAACAAAGAACGUUUCAAAAUCUGUAAAUGAUGCUAUGUUCAACAAAAGAAUAAAUCCACCACAAACUCCAUAUGAAGAACAAGUAACACAAAAAAGUAUCACUAUAAAACUUAAUCAUGAUGAUGAUACUUUGAAGAAUGUUGAAUCAUUGAAACCAGAUAAUUUGAAUUCAAAAGUUUAA